AUGGCAGCAGCGGCGGGAUCGACUUCGACGACCGUACCUGAACAAACCACUGUCACUAUACGGCCGAACGUGACCGCGGAUUGCGUGGCUCGAGACACUUGCACAGAAUGCACAGCCGCGGCCCCCGAUUGCAGCUGGUCACUGGUGCGACAGUCGUGCAAUGACACGGCAGCGACAGAAAAACAACUGCUCGAAGACCCGGGCGACGACGGUCACCACCACCCACCGACUAAGCCGGUGCGAGAAGCCGGGUCGUGUCCUCGGCUCACGGUCUACUACCAGAAAGAAACCAACUUGACCAAGUCGAACCGCACUGUGACCGUGAAGGUGUCUAACGACCCGACUGGCACGUUGAGGGUACUGCUCGAACGGGGAGUGGUAUAUUGCCACCUGAACGAGAUGAAGUACCCUGGUAAAGUAGAAAGUGGCGGGCGGCAGAUAACGUGCGAGUCUAAUUACUUGGAGUCCGUGAAUUCGUCGCUGUUAUCGAUGGUUUACUUCGCGACCUCCAUGAACGGCGUCCCGUUGGCGUUCGACGACAAGAGUGACCACUACUUAGACUUCACGGUGCCCCGGAACGCGUGUGUCACCCAAAACCAGCUGGGGCCAAGUGACGAGUGCAAGGUGUGCCUUUGGGACGACGACGUGUACCGGUACUACUGCCAGUGGUGUCCCAAGAGCAACCCGUGCACCGGAUCGUACCAGCAAUGCGACGUCCGCCGGCUGGACGACCUUCGUCACGUAGCACAGGUGCAAGACGUUCUGAUCAAAUGUCCAGAAGUCCGGAUCGAGUCCAUCUAUCCACUGUACGGGUCGUGGGCCGGAGGAACGGAAAUAAGGAUCGUCAUAAGCAAUCACCGGACGCUAUCCGAGAAUAAGGUGACCGUGAUCAAGGUGGCCGAUAGCCGAUGCCUGCUGCCCACCGUGUCCAUGGACGGUAAGGCCGUCACGUGCACCAUUUCGCCGACCAACACGAGUGUACUGAACCAGGGCCCGGUGGAGGUGACGUAUAGGUCGGAGGAGAACAAGUUGUUACCCACUUUCACGCUCCGGUCCAACCAGAGUUUCUACUUCGUUGAGCCGGUAAUAACAAGCGUGUGGCCGUUGUGCGGCCCGACCACCGGAGGCACUAAGAUCACGAUCCGUGGCCGGUUCAUGGACGCCGGCAACACUGUUCGUGUGUACAUGCGAGAAAACAUCACGUGCGAGGUGCAGUCACGGACCACUAACGAGGUGAUAUGCAUAACAGGUGCUAGCAACAGCACGGCCACUAGUGCGGUCCGUAUCGAGUUCGACCACUACCUGAACAAGUACGUGCACGAUCCUCCAUUCGUCUACACGUCCACGCCGGCUUUGGACGGUGGCCAGACGUUCCGGGGCAUAGCGUCCGGUGGCACAAGGCUGCCGGUACUUGGCCAGAACUUUGCGUGCAUCCACAACCCACUGGUACACGUGUCGUACAAUGGCAUUCAGUACACGGGUGGGUGCGUGGUGGAAAAUAACACGUACUUGCUAUGCACGGCGCCGACCAUCAACCGGCCCGCACCACACCAGGUGACCGCGCUGAAGUUCGGGUUCCAGGCCGACUAUAACAACACUAUCGUCAAGAUGCAGCCGCCGACCGGCACGCCCGACUACACUCUGUAUCCGGACCCGGUGUACAUCGACUUUGACACGGAUGGACGCACUGUUAACGUCUACGGCCUGAACAUGGACCAAGGUUACGACCACGAUGCUGACCUGACAGUCCUGUUUCACAAUACAGGCGUCGCGUGCAACGUCACGUCCGUGGAGCAAGAUCGCAUCGUGUGCCGGCCUCCUAAACAACUGUCGUUCAAGGACCACGGCGGUCGUUCGAGCGAAGGCCAAUUAAUGAUCGAUGACUACGAAGACGACGAAGACCAAUUGCCGGCGGUCCUGGUAAACGACGAGAUCAUCGUCACCGUUGGCAACCUGGUGUACGAGGUCAAGAGGAAGCCGCAGACCCGCCGGUACAGCAGCCCACUGCGAGUCAAUACCAUAAUCUUCGGUGGCAUUGCUUUGGUGUCGCUGAUCAUCACGAUCGUGGCGGCCGUCGUGUACUGCAUGAAGAUCGCAAUGACCAUUUCCAAUCAGCAGACGGAAAUGCGGUCGUUGUGCAAACAUCUUAACGGCGCCGACAUUGGAACCGGAACCGGAACCGGAACCCAAACCGAUAGCAGAGAUGACGUCGAGUCGUCUAUGCCGCCAACCAAAGACAGAUCAUAG